AUGCCUCUCAGGGGACCAUAUAAACAGUACGAGGUAGAUACAAGAAUCGCUGUUCCGAAAUCUACCGUGUAUGACAGACGUAAGCGUCACUUUGCGGAAAUUGACAGUGAUACUGAUAGCGAAGCUGAUCAACAUGAUGUCGACAGGGAACAUGAUGAUGCAACACUUAAUAGAACAGUUGCAAGUGGCCACGAAAGAUCAGAUGAAAGCGAUGCAGAGGUGAGUUUAAUUCAUUUUUCAAAAUAAGACAUCGAAGACUAGUUCAGGAUCUUCUUAACUAAUGUGUAAUCUACUAUCAUAAGAUUUUCUGUGCAAAUAUGCAUGUGCAUGAGGUUUAUUAAUUCACCACAAUAAAAGAUGGCGGAUGUCGAUUUUACCACAAUGUUUUAAACGUUUUUCUGUCCUUAUUAUUAUGCAUGCUCACACCACUCUAGCAAAUAGGGUCAUACUAAUAGGCAAUUCUAGGGGGCUUGCAGGGGACAAUGGGAAGUAAGGUAUCACAAUGCUGUCUUUGCUGAAAAAAUAAAAAUGAUGGCUGUGUAAACACGGAGUGAUAGCUUAUACUUGUAAAUAUUGAAAUAUUUCGGCUAUUUCGGUAGUUUUUAUUGAAAUUUUUCAGCAUAAUCAGCAAUAUACCUUACUUCCCAUCAUCCCCUGCAGGCAUAAACUAAAAGCUGGAAUUACCUAUUACCAACAACUACCGUCAACAACCGACAAUUACCGACAACAAGCACACAAUUACCGACAACAAGCUGACAAUUACCGACAACAAGGCGAAUGAGCUGACAAUUACCAACAACAAGGCGAACAAGCUGAAAAAUACCGACAACAAGCGAAUACCCAAAAUAUAUAAAUUCGACAGAUUUUGUCAAAACAUUGUUAAGUUAAAACAUUUCGCGAUUAAAGAUGAUGGAUUCGCGUAGGCAGACAGUAAUUAUAUUUUCAUUGUUUGACAUCAAUAAAAUCAUAAACAAUAGGAUUAACAAAACAUCCUGCUCAAGGAUAAAUGUAUUCAUAAUAGAAUUCCAAUCAUGCAAACUAUCUAAAAACUGCAUAGUAUGCUGAUGAGUCAUCGAUACCAAAUAAAAGUACAGAUAGGAAACUAAAUUUCAAGUAGAAAAUCAGUAUUAACUACCCUAUUAUCUAUAAUUAUAUAACUACCAACUUCUAUAAAGUGUGUAUGUGCAUACCGUAUAAUGUGUCUAAAAUGUUUAAUAGUAACAAACAGAAACAAGCUAUAAAUUAUUUACAUCAAUUCAUGUAUGUAUUUGGGUUUCUUCAAAAACAGUCAUGCAUUCAUACAAAUAACUAUAAGAAUACAAUGAAAGUAUGUAUUUGCUUGUUGUCGGUAUUUUUCAGCUUGUUGUCGGCAAUUGUCAGCUUGUUGUCGGCAAUUGUCAGCUUGUUAUCGGUAAUUGUCUACUUGUUGUCAGUAAUUGUCGGUUGUUGUCGGUAAUUAGUAUGACCGGGCAAAUAUAGUUGAUAUUUUGACUGAAUCUUGAUUAAUAUUGCUGGGCUCAUGUAAGUGCAACAACUGGGCCAGUCCAUAGCCUGGCUUUCCAGGCUGAUAUUGUGUUGUAUGCAUGUCUAAAAAUAUUUAGGAAAAAUAAUCUGAUGCCACUGAUAAAAGUAAUGUAUGUCUCUUGCAACUAAGGAUGAAUGGUCACAGAUAAAACAUUGUCUAUUCUCAUGACAUUAAGUACUCCAUGUUUUUACCAAGAAAGUUCUAUGUUUGCAUGUGAUGAUAAUUUGAUGGUUUCAAUUCACUCAGCCAAUCAGCUUGGAGUUGGUUGAACAUGAUUGGCUGAUUAAUUAAUAAAACCUGUCAAGUGCUCUUGACAAACAUUGAAGAUUGUCACACAAAUAGGCAAUGUUUUUAUCAGUCAAGUGACGAUAAUAUUUUGUCAAGUAAACACAAAUUUCAUUUCCCUGCUGGAAUGUAUGUGUGGGAAAUGUAUGUGUGUAUGCUGAAAUUUUACAACUGACAUGAUUUGAUCAAGAAUCCCCACUAAUGCCUUUUGUCCAAUUUUGCUAGGACACGUACAAUAUCCCCAAUUAUGUAUCUGACCCAGAAAGCCAGGAUGAUUUGGAUGUGAAUAAUGGAGAUGAGAGUGAAGAAGAAGCAGAUUUUCUGAAUGCUGCUGGAAUCCAUCAAAAUCCAGGUAUGCACUGUGUAAACCUUGAUUCAAGACUUAUAUGUACGUAAAUGCAGCAACAAAGAGCGCUUAACGUUGCAGUCGAGCGUGGAAUUGAGUAUGGUCAUCAUUCAUUGUUUACAGUAGGUUCUCAGCAUGUUCUGGUGAGCAUGGCGGUCAGUGGUACCCAUAAUGAUACAACAUUAACCCUCCAGGUAUUCAAAAACAGCGUUGACACUCCAGGGAAGUUCAUAUUGAACCUCCUCCACUCAUCGAGUGUGAUUGAGCUUUAGAAUACAGGCAAUAGUUUUGAAAACUAGCCAAAACUUCUGAAACCCAGUUACUUUGAAUCUUCUACUGAUAACAUGUUCCAAGCCCAUUCAUGUUAGCUUGUGAAUGUCAAGAUGGCAAGCAUAGUUGGCAGUUUUGACUGCUUCAGCCUGUAAGGAUUUUAUUUGGAGGCAAGGGCAACUUUAACCAAUUAAUAUAUCCAAGUCAUUUUUUCCCUAAUGUGAGUAAUAUUGUCUGGCAUUAGUGGGAAUACAUUUUAAAGUACUGUUAUUCAGUUGGGCUCAUGGGAACGUGUUAAAGGGUUAAAAGUAUGCAAUGGCAGAUAAUAUUAAUUGUUAACCCAGUAACAUCCAACACUCUUCCCUUGCAUGAUGAGUAAAAUAUCUGAUUAGCCAUUGUUCACAGGCAACAGUAGCAAUAUGUUGCAAAACAUGGCGUAAACAGAUGUGUUUUGAGAGCAUGCCACUGUAUGUACGGUACAGUAUCCUGUACAUCCUAUGCUACAAGUAUAAAGUUUCUAAAUAUAGAUUUUUACAUAAUUUUUCUUCAAUGCAUACAUUUACUUUUUAACAGAAUGGCAAUAGAGACAACCCUAUAUAUGAAGGAGCACACAUCACCAUAGCUCAAUGUCUUCUUCUUAUCCUGUGCUUUGUGGUUCGACAUUGUUUAACAAAAGAAGCCUUGAAAGAUCUGCUGAUCCUGUUAAAUCUUCUCCUUCCUCACUCUGUGCCUGCUACACAGUAUAAGUUCUUCAAAGCAUUUGAAAAUGUAAAUUUUCAGGUAAAAUAGUUUUUGUAAACAUGAUUUCCAAAUAAUUAGACUGCUUUUGCUUUAAUGCAAUUGGCUUGAUUCGUCUCAAUUGGUCUUGUCAGCAAGUUGCAAAUGUAUAUGCCAAAAAAGUUUGGUAAAAUUGAGAAACUACUGAAAUUUGAAUAUUGGACCUUCCGAAAUUUUUCUGUGCUGGAACUGUCAUUUCUUCAGUUCCAGGAUUGGUAUCUUUUAUAUAGUACAAAACAUAAUCCGAAGGUUUUUCUACAAAGACAACAUUCCGAAUCUUUCGAAAUCUAAUGUAGUUUACGAAGUGACAUGUCCUGGCUAUUCCGCAACAUAUAUUGGGAAAACAGAAUUAAGACGUUUACAGACACGGCUUGUUGAACAUACCAAUCCGACCAAAAGUGCUAUUGGACAACAUUUUCACAACUGCGAACAUGUGGAAUACAUUGUAAACCUACACUUUGCUUUUGACAAACUUAACAACCCAACUGACGCUGACAAUAACGUUUCCACUUUUAUUACCAACUUAAUAAUUGACAACUGUCGAAUUAUUCACACUAUUCAUUCCCGCACAUCUAAUUUUCUCUUGUUGCUUGAAGCUCUAUAUAUCAAGUACCAUUCACCCAGUUUAAACACUGGACUCAAGGCCAGCAAAGAACUUAAGCUUUUUUCUUAAUCUAUACACCCACAUUUCAUCACACUUACAUCUCACUGCACCUGUCGUAUUGGUUCUGAUUGAGACUUUAUGUCAUCAUGCCUUGCCAACUUGUAUAUAAGACCAUGUAUAUGUUGUAACUGUAGUUAGUCUGAUGAUUUUGUAAUAAAAUCGAAAUAUUACUCACUCACUUUCUUGUUUGACUCAUAUUUUGGGUUUCAAGAUGCUUAUCUUCUGAUUAUGUUUUGUACUAUAUUUUUUGAAAUUGUCGGCUGGUAUAGGUAUCUGCGUAAUGUGUCGGUUGGUAUUGGUAUCUUUUAGAUGAGGAUUUUCUUUUAAAUGUCAUUAAAUUUCUUUCUUUAGACACACUAUUAUUGCCCAUCAUGCCUUUUUUACCUGGGUAAAGACAUAACCGAAGGCGAAUGUGAAUCAUGCUGCCAACGUUUUCAUGUUGACAAAUGUGAAGAAGAUGGGAAUUACUUUUUGUAUUUGCCAUUGAAAGACCAGAUCAAAGAUUUGUUUUCCGAUGAAAAGAUACAGAAGUAUUUGACAAACCAUGAUCUUAACAGAGUCGGAGCAACUGACAACAUUUCAGAUGUAACAUCCUCCAAGUUGUAUCACCAACUGGUUGAACAGCAUAACCUCUCGGGCAAAGAUUUAACUUUGACGUGGAACACUGAUGGCAUUCCAGUUUUUAAAUCAUCCCGCUAUUCAAUUUGGCCAAUACAGAGCUCAGUAAAUGAACUACCGCCACAUCUACGAGGAAAGCACAUCUUAUUAAAUGGUCUCUGGUUUGGUAACAGAAAGCCUGCGAUGAACACGUUCUUGAAGCCAUUUAUAGAAGAGUGUACACAUCUUGAGAACAAUGGCCUAACCAUUAAAGAUGAAUCCCAGCCAAGAAAGAUAUUUGCGAUGGUUCUUUCUGCUGAUUCUCCAGCAAGAGCAAUUGUAAAGAACUGCAAGCAGUUCAAUGGAAAACAUGGUUGUGAUUGGUGUGAAUCUCCUGGUGAGAUGAUUGAUGGUGGUGCUCCAACUCGCUACUACCCUUACAGAGGUCCUCCAACCAUGCGCACUGCAGCAAAGCAAGCACAGUAUGCCCUUAAAUCCAAUCGCAAAAAUGAAGUUGUGAAGGGUGUUAAAGGGCCAUCGGUAAUUGGAAUUCUUCCAACAUUUGAUCCCGUUAGAGGUGUUGCUGUCGAUUACAUGCACUGUGUCUGCCUAGGUGUCAUCCGACAGUUGGUGAACUUGUGGAUGGACAGCAAACAAAAUGGCAAGCCUUCCUACAUUGGUCAAAUGGAACGAGAAAUCAGCAACCGAUUAUGUGCAAUCAAUGUCCCUAGCGAAAUCAGCCGUGCACCAAGGUCAUUUACUGAUCGACGUUACUGGAAAGCAUCCGAGUGGCGAACUUUCAUUUUUUGUUGUCUGAUUGUUUUCCAGGGCAUCCUACCUCCAGUAUAUCUCAAGCAUCUAUUUUUGUUUGUAUAUGGAGUGUAUUGCCUUGGUGAUUCAAUCGAUGACAGCACCAUAGAUUCUGCCAAAGUUUGUUUGACAAAAUUUGUCAUUCAAGUUGAAGAAUUGUAUGGAUUGAAACACUGUUCAUUCAAUGUGCAUCAGUUGGUUCAUCUUGCUCAGUCA